AUGAGGAUUGCAAAAGGCUGCCUUGAAAAAUUGCGUUUUCCUGGUUAUUGGGCAAAUACAAGUAAACCAAACCUCGAGUCUUUUCUGAAGUACCGUAGGAAGAUGUGUCCAGACGUAACAUUGAAGAAAGACGCCGAACACAGAAAAUAUAUUGAAGAUCUCAAAGUUAUCAAUGAACAUUAUGGAUUUAGCAACGUCUGCAUAUCGAAAGCGCUCAACGUUUCUGAGGCUGAAAUGAAAUCUGAUGCUGUUAAUGCAUUUUGGAACGAAGAGGCUGAGAUAACUCAGAUCAGAAUGUUGGAGUUGGCUGGUGCUCGUGACAUGCUAGAGUUAGGAAAUGGCCACCUUAAAAAAAGUGCAGAAGUGGCCCAAGAACGCCAGGAGGAAGUUCUUGAGAGUCUCUCCAAGUCCUCGGUUAAUUGGGAACAAAAGAGGAUGAGGCAUGUAUCGAAUAGCAUCCCGAUUGAUUCUCCAAACAACUCGUUUAUCACACCAGUCAGGUCUUCUAAGCGGAAGAUCGAAGAUGAUAGCAAUAGUGACAGUUCAAAGGAUGAUUAUGAAUAUACAGUCAAUAGAAGACAUCUAAAUAGAAGGGGAAAGAGAAUCCUACGUUAUGAUGAAGAAUCUGAAGAGGAAGUGAUAGAAUUGGAUCCCAGCGCUUCAAAAAAGUCUUUUGUGGAAAAUUAUAAUCAGAUGAAGAAUGAAUUAAAGUGGACACUGAAAUCUACAGGACGUGUAGUAGAAGAUGUGCUAUAUGAAAACAUAUCAGAUUUUAUGUCGGAGCAUUUAGUACAUUCAUUUACAAUUGAUGUGGAUGAUCCGAUAAUUCAAGAAAUAUUCUCUUCAAUUGAAUUGGAAGAAAUCGAGUUAACUAAUGUUAAGGAAGAACCAGAUUUAAGUUCUGAACUCUACAAACAUCUUGCAAAGUACUAUGAUAAGACUACUGUAAAGGGGAUCAGGGAGGUUUUGAACGAGACUGACCUCAAUGGUAGCGACUUUGAAAUUGAUACCCUUACAUACUCAAUAUUCAGUUUGGUACGACAAUAUGAACGUGUUCCGAAUGCAUUUUCUUUAAAUCAAUAUGAAGCAUGGUACAAUGUUAAUGUGUGGGGUCCAAUAGUUGACCGGGUAUAUGAUGAUAUUCCAAACGUUAAUGUUGUUCGUGGUGAUGCGUCAAGUCUUGCUAGUUCUCAUCGAAAAAAUCGCCAUCGUACUUUGGAUACUCGGAAAAAUAUAGGAAGAAAAGGGGAUGCAAUAAUCCGAAAAUGUUCAGGUGGCAUAAAACUUGAAUUUGGAGGAGCAGAAGCAGGCAGACACUAUGAAGGACAAAAUGGGACCAAAUGGCUCAAAGAAUCAGGCCUUAAGCUUCCGAAAAUGAUGCGUGACAUGUUUGUUGGCCUGUGCGAUGAUACACAUUGCAAGUGGGGUAUGGAAAAAAUGAAGUCGAUGGAAACAAUUGGAUAUAUCCAUGGCGGAUCCGCUUUAAUGAUCAUGACACUAGAUCUUCCAGCUGGAUAUAUAACUCGCCUCAGUAAGAGUGAACUCUAUUACAUACCAGAUAACAUUAGUUCAUUCAGUAAAGCGAUAGAAUUAAUUACGGCAGUGUGGAAGAGUAAGAUGCGGGUUGUCCGAACUAUGAAGACAUUACAGCGCGAUGAAGAAGAUAGUGUCAGCCGUCUAAGAAAUAUUUCUUCACGUAAACAAAGUAAUUACAUUAACCGCCACAUUAACAAGGCAGUGAAAGUUCUUCCAGAUAAUCAGAAGACUCCAAACUAUUGGGCAAGAGAUCCCAGUUCGUGGGGGGAUGUGGUGGAUUGGGACAUAUACUUCAUUAAGAAAAUGCCCUCUGCAGGUUUCGUUAAACUUCGUCCCGGCCACAGCUCAAGGCACACAUCAGGGAGCCGCGGACAUGAGAAGGCGUUAAUGUUGCACACUUCUCUUAAGGUCAGUAUUUUGUUUGUUUCUUUUAGGAAAUUCCCAACGGAUGGACUUGUGAAGACAUGCCCCGCGACUGCGUCUUUACCUGGAUGGGAGAACGCACAUGUAACCAUGUUGGGAAUUCUCGAUCACUCCUGCGACUGCGUCUCGAACGAUUUCAUUGCAGAAGGCAAACAUGCGCUCUUGCCCGAAGUGGGAGGUGUUUUUGUGUUUUCGGACUAUUGGGCUCAAAGCACAUCUGAGCGAGAAGAGAUCAAAACAGUAUCCUUGGAAAACGUAUCGAAAGAGUGGGCUAUGGAUAUGAGUGUCCAAGAUAGCUAUGACUCUUCAGAUAUUACUGAAGAAAGA